ACAGGUGAAACAUUAGCCGAGCAGAAAGAAAGAAACCACACACUCACACAUUCACACACACACACACACACACUCUGGCUGGUCAGGACAGAUGGCGGAUCCACAGCGAACAUCUGAACCCAUCAACUUUGUGCAUCAAGAUGAAAUCUGGAAAGCACAUGUAAAACUUGAGAAGGAUUCAGCUGAUGCUUGGCCCAACAAAUGGGGCUUCCUGACAGAGGCCUCCAAGGAGUAUAAGAUGGAGAGUGAGAAGCUGAAGAAGGCAGUAAAAGUGGAGCUUCCUCCCAACCUGGCUUCACAACCUCCGACCCCUCCAGAAAAAUGCAUUCAAGUUGGACCAUCUCCUCCUGUUCCUCAAACAACUCAGGGUUUGAUCGGUUGGCGUUCAGCUCACUCACACCUUCAGCUGGAAAAGCCAAACACAAUGCAACAUGGGAGACGUAGUUUGCUGAAAGAGCUGGGCUGGCCUCUGGAAGCCUGCUGCUGAGUGGAAGUCCUCGUCCCCUGCUUCCUCACCAACAGUUCGCUGACUCAGUAUUGUAUGUGGAUUAAAAUACAUAGCAGUAUGGAUUACACAUUAUGGCUUCUACGACUUCUUAAUAAAAUCAACAAAUAUCUCUCAAAACUUCAACUCAAACCAGAUGUUGUAGAUGCAAAGUGACAGGUGAUCCUAUUUGUGUAUGCCACACUACUACCAUAUAAAUAUUUUAGGAAAAAUAAAUAAUAAAAAAUCUGAUUUCACCUUCCUAAAAUUAAA